UUCUAAAAGCUCAUCCAGCAACCACCAACAACACCAAUCUACCUAUCAUCAUGAAGUGCAUCGUUGCCGCCGUUGCCGUCAUCGCCCUGGCCGUCGCCGCUGAGGCUGGAUAUCCGUACGCUGGCUAUCCUUACGCCGGAUACGGAGCAACCGUCAUCCAGGCCAAUGCCCCGGCCUACCCAUACGCCGGUUACCCGUACGCUCAUGCUGCCUACCCGUAUGCUCAUGCCGCUGCCUACCCCUAUGCUCAUGCCGCUGCCUACCCCGCUGCCAUUGCUGCCUAUGCUGCACCGCACGCCGCCAUCCUGGCCGCCCCUCAUGGCCCAGCCGCUUCGGUUGCCCAUCAUGCCGGUGUUGUCCCCGGAGCUACCUCCGUCACUGCUACCCGUGGUGCCGUCCAUGUUGCUCCUCUGCCCGGCCAUGCCAUCUCGCAGAAGCAGCUGAACCUGGCCCCGGCUCCCGGAACUCUGUAAGCUGGACGCUUUUACUAGCGCUUAAGCACACGGUCGGAAAAUGAAGCGAAAAUUGAAUGAAUUUGCGUGUGAUAGGCGGAAGAAACUACCCAGACAGAUGCGUACGACAGAUUUGCACAGCGUUGUCGUUGGGCAAUUGGUCGACGAUGUUUGGUUGGACGCACAAAAGCAGGAUAGCAGGUUGUUGUUUUGUUCAUGGUUAUCUCAGCUGGUUGUACAUUUACUGUAAAUAGAAGUUAUUUACAUUAUUAAAUGACAGCAUAAAA